AGAACACACACAGGAGAGAAGCCUUACAAAUGUAAUCAGUGUGGUAAAACCUUUGCAAAAAACAGUCAUGUCGUGCGGCAUAAAAGAACACACACUGGAGAGAAACCUUAUGAGUGUAACCAGUGUGGUAAAGCCUUUGCACAAAACAGUCAUCUCAUAAUCCAUAAAAGAACACACACUGGAGAGAAACCUUAUGAAUGUAAUGAGUGUGGCAAAGCCUUUGCAGAAAACAGUCAUCUCAUAAGCCAUAAAAGAACACACACUGGAGAGAAACCUUAUGAAUGUAAUGAGUGUGGCAAAGCCUUUGCAGAAAACAGUACUCUCUUAAGCCACAAAAGAACACACACUGGAGAGAAACCUUAUGAAUGUAAACAGUGUGGUAAAGCCUUUGCACAAAACAGUGCUCUCAUAAGCCAUAAAAGAACACACACUGGAGAGAAACCUUAUGAAUGUAAUGAGUGUGGCAAAGCCUUUGCAGAAAACAGUACUCUCUUAAGCCACAAAAGAACACACACUGGAGAGAAACCUUAUGAAUGUAAACAGUGUGGUAAAGCCUUUGCACAAAACAGUGCUCUCAUAAGCCAUAAAAGAACACACACUGGAGAGAAACCUUAUGAAUGUAACCAGUGUGGUAAAGCCUUUGCAGAAAACAACACUCUCUUAAACCACAAAAGAACACACACUGGAGAGAAACCUUAUGAAUGUACCCAGUGUUGUAAAGCCUUUGCACAAAACAGUCAUCUCAUAAGCCAUAAAAGAACACACACUGGAGAGAAACCUUAUGAAUGUGAUGAGUGUGGUAAAGCCUUUGCACGA